GUUUUUAAGCAUGUUAAGGGUUUAAAUAGUUAUUAACCGUUCAGUAUAUUUUGUUGUUUUCACAGCAACUGUAACAUGAAGUCGUUGUUAUUGAAUAUAUAAUUUAUGGCUAUAUCUAAUAUUACUCAACAAUACUUUGUGUUUGUUAAGCGCGUCCAUACAUUAGUAACAGAACAGGCGCGUCUCAUUUCGCUCCCUGUGGUGAAUGCGUUUAUCAUAACUACUAAUAAUUCAGUCACUGGCAAAAAGUGAUGUAAAAACAGAACUUGAGUCAACUGACCCAAAUACUUCUCAACAUGUUUCCAAUCUCUCGAUUCAGGGGCACGCUGAUGACAUCUGCUGCUCAAAACAUGUGAACGCAACGGGAACAACAAACAACUGCAAAUGAUUUCAUGAAAUUAGAAUGUAUUUAAUAAUGCAAUUUACAAAUCAAUAUUGAAUGUAAAUCUUAAAUGCCUAAAUAUUAAGUGUCUCCUUAAUUUGCCUAAUUUUAUUAAUUUGUUAUGCUAGUUUUGGUAGUUUUUUUUUUGUUUAAUCAGGUCAUUUGACUGACUCCCUUACCAGUGUGCUGACUACUGAGCUAGGAAGCUGAUUGAGACACGCUCACACCGCUUUUCUGGUGACUUGUGCUGGAGCCAGAGCCCAGUUGCGAACGAGCUGGGCUAUUUAUUUACUCAAAAAAAAAUCCCGGCCCAGAUCCUGGUAUCAAACCAGCCCUGAAACCUUUCGAACAAGGGGACCUAUGAUGCCAGUAGGCGGAGCUUACACUACAGACCACAGCUUAAAAGGCACUAUAUUUAAAAACUGUCAUGAAGUUCAUGAAAAUUAAAAACACCAAUUGUGUCAUUCCUGUUAUACAGUGACUUUUAUGUCCUGAUGGUUUAUUUAAUCAUAUUUUCUCUUAAAUGAAUGGCACAUUUAUAAGAUAUGGCAUGAAUUGUAUAUUUAGGUCUUCUUUACCACUUAAACAGGGAUAAUAGAAAUUAUAAAUACUAUUUUGUAUUUUACACACCUUUCGUUGAUAUAUGCAUUACAUUUUAUGAUGUCCUCAGUGCAAAGUAAUCAACUUCCACAAGAAAUAUAAACUAUGAAAGAUUAAAAAAAAAAAAAAUCUAAAUAAGUUUUAAUUAUGUUAUAGACUAGGCUAAACUGCCAAUAAUCAUACAUAUAAAUCAGGUGAAAAUAUAGAUUUUUUUUUUUCCUUCUCGAUUACCAUGUCCCUGAAGUAAUUUUCCACCCUGUUAGUACAUACUUUCUCGCAUUCCAAAACUGAUUGCAAUUUCAUUUAGACUAUUUUAUAGAAGUGACAUCAUUUAUUUUUCCCACUGGAAUUCAAGUCUACAAACUGAGAGUGUCCAAACAGACUGAAAAACUCCUGGUGAAGAAGCCGAGACCUACGUGACAAUAUUAUAAAGAUGGAGUUUAUUAAAGAGGAGAUUGAAGACGUGAAGAUUGAAGAAACAUUCAGAGUCAAACAAGAAGAUGCUGAGACACAAACAGACCUGAUGCCACUGAAAGAGGAAAUUGAAGAACUGAAUGAAAUGCAAGAUACAGAUCAGUAUAAGAAACAUAAUGGUUUCUUAACUGGACAAAAGUCAUUUAGUUGCUCACAGAUUGAAAAGGCGUGCUCACAAAAAAUAGUUCAAAAGACUGGAUCUAGAGGUAAUUUCACCUGCAAACAGUGUGGAAACAGUUUCAGUCGAAAUGGAAGCCUUAAAAGGCACAUGAGAAUUCAUACUCGAGAGAAACCUUACACCUGCAAACUUUGUGAAAAUAGUUUCAUUCGAAAAGAAAGCCUUAUAAACCACAUGAGAAUUCACACUGGAGAGAAGCCUUUCACCUGCCAGCAGUGUGGAAAAAGUUUCACUCAAAAAGGAAUCCUUAGAGUCCACAAGAUGAUUCACAUUGGAGAGAAGCCAUUCAUCUGCCAACAGUGUGGAAAGAGUUUUACUCAGCAAGGAAACCUUAGAAUCCACAAGAUGAUUCAUGAUGGAGAGAAGCCUUACACUUGCCAGCAAUGUGGAAAACAGUUCAUUGAACACAGAAACCUUAAAGUUCACAUGAUGAUUCACACUGGAGAGAAGCCUUUCACUUGCCAACAGUGUGGAAAAUGUUUCAGUGUAGAAGGAACACUUAAAUGCCAUAUGAGCAUCCACACUGGUGAGAAACCUUACACCUGCCCUCAGUGUGGAACCAGUUUUACUCAGCGAGGAAGCUUUAACAGGCACAUCAAUCGUCACAGAGAGAAACCUUACACCUGCAAACUGUGUGGAAAAAGCUUUUCAAAAAAACUAAAUCUAAAGCAUCACAUGAACAGUCAUACUGCUGAGAAGAUAUAAAGAUAUCAUCAGAUAUAAAGUAACCCUUAAUAAGCACACAAGGACUCACUCAGGAAAACUGUUUAGAGAUAUAGCCAGUUAUGUCACAUGAAAGGCUUUUUUACAUGCAACCAAAUAAUCCAUUUGUAAUCGGAUUGAUGGCUCAAUUGGACUGAAAAGCUUUCAUGUAAACCCCUUAACCCUUGUGGAUUGUUCAAAUUCACUACCCUUUUGAGUUGUUCGGGAUGGAAACAUCCACUCAAUUAAACUGCUGUAAAAAUGUA